AUGAACUCAAAUUUUUUAGGUACAGCUACAAGCUAUUGGGAUCCUCAUCAACAAGUCAAAUCGUUUCAUUUACCAACAGGGGAAAAUAUCUCUUGUGUCUUUUGGAAUGAUCUGUUUCAUGUGACAGGAACAGAUAUCGUUCGUUGCCUCUUGUAUCGUUUCCAUCUCUUUGGUAGACAGUAA